UCUUUCCUAUGCAGAAGUUAUAUGUUUAUUUGAUCUCUCUCCCUCCCCCUCUCCCUUUCUCUCUCUCUAAGCUUCCUUUCUCUCUCCGCAAAUGGAGCUCAUGAUAAUCUAUUUGCUUCCUCUCUUCUAUGUUAUCUUUCAACUCUUCAAGUUGGUCCUCCAGUGGAGGGAUCAAUGCUGCUACAUGAUUGAUUAUGUAUGCUACAAGGCCACCGAGGAUAGGAGGCUAGACACUGAGUCAUGCGCAAGCAUUGUCCUGCGCAACAAGAACCUAGGCUUGGAAGAAUACAGGUUUCUCUUACGAACCAUCAUCAGUUCUGGCAUUGGUGAAGAAACUUACAGCCCAAGAAAUGUCAUCUUGGGUCGAGAAGAAUGUCCUAAUCUUGUUGAAGCGCUAUCAGAGAUGGACGAAAUCUUGUUCGACACACUCGAUAAGCUCUUUGCUAGGUCGGGGAUUUCUCCAUCAGAAAUCGACAUACUUGUCGUGAAUGUGUCCUUACUCUCUACUGUGCCAUCUCUAACAUCUCGCAUAGUAAACCGUUACAAGAUGAAGGCUGACAUUAAGGCCUUCAAUCUUGCAGGAAUGGGCUGCAGUGCAAGCCUUAUUGCCAUCGACCUUGUUCAGCAAUUGUUCAAGUCUCACAAGGAAUCAUUUGCUGUUGUUGUGAGCACAGAGUCCAUGGGACCAAACUGGUAUUGUGGCAAAGAAAGAUCUAUGAUGCUCUCUAACUGUCUGUUCCGUUCAGGUGGUUGUUCGAUGCUCUUUACAAACAAUAGAGCUCUAAAGCAUAGAGCCAUUUUGAAGUUGAAGCAUAUGGUACGUACCCAUCUUGGCUCAAACGAUGAAGCAUAUGGAUGUUGCAUGCAACUGGAAGAUGAUCGCGGCUGCCUAGGUUUUCGUCUCACCAAAGGCCUCACAAGAGCAGCUGCUCAAGCAUUAACCAGGAACCUAAAAGUGUUGGUACCUAAAGUGGUACCACUACUGGAACUACUUCGUCAUGUAAAAGUAUCUAGCCAGUGGAAAAAGAAGAGUGAUCCCACUCUGGAAGGACUUAAAGCAGGUUCAAGUCUCAAGAACAGUAUCGAACACUUCUGUAUACACCCGGGUGGACGUGCUGUUAUUGAUGAGGUUGGCAAAAGUCUAGGUCUCAGCGACUAUGCUCUUGAACCAGCUAGAAUGGCGCUUCAUCGCUUUGGUAACACAUCAGCUGGUGGCCUGUGGUACGUUUUAGGUUACAUGGAGGCAAAGAGAAGGCUCAAGAAAGGUGACCAAAUUCUGAUGUUGAGCUUGGGAGCCGGUUUUAAAUGCAAUAAUUGUGUGUGGGAGGUAAUGAAAGACAUGAAGGAUGAAAAUGUCUGGAAAGAUUGCAUAGACAGCUACCCUCCUAAAACCCUGGACAACCCUUUUAUGGAGAAGUAUGGUUGGAUCAAUGAUGAAUGCCUAAGUUUUAUCAGAAUGCCUACUACAUUUCUUUAGAUUUGACUUGAAGCCAAUUCUCAGGGUCUUCACCAGUGUCUACUUCAUGUAUUUUAAUUUUUUUUUGGUUUCCUUUUCUUACUUUUGCCUUUAUUUUUCAUCUGUGUUGCAAUUUACUUACAGCUUCUAGAAUACGAGUGUUGUAACAGUAUGCAGUGCUUUGUGAAAAAUAAAGUUACAUUUAAUAUGUUAAUGCUUAAUAA